UGCCAUUAUGAGGCCAAGCGAAACCACCUACAUGCUACCUGUUUGACUAGCUAACCAUAUCCUAACAGGGCUUUAGAUUUCCCUGGUUAGGUACGUUUGACACCAGCUAAAGCAUGUACCGGACAGGGACGACGGAGGAUAAAUGGGCCCAGACAGGCUGGAAAAUAGAGCAGAAGUAUGCAAACAAAGUGCUGUUAGGAAACUGGGCUGAAGAAAGACUUCAGUUUACACGGGAGCCAAAGAUAACCAACAGCACCAAUCGCACAGACUACCGGCCCCACUGGGACUUCAAGCCAGACGUCUUCGAGAGAAGAUCUGCCCUGCUGAGAGCCGAGGGGCUUCCAUCCAAGCUGCUAUUUACCCACCAUGGCCCACCAUCCUCUCAUUACUUGGUCACGCAUUAUGAAGAGAGCUAUGGGCGUAAGCAUGCCAACGCUUUGCCCACUCUGCAACCCUGGCAUCCAGACAGCUUGACAUGGCAGCUUGAGAGGUCUGACCAGCCAAUUUCUGCCCUUCCAACCAACUUUGGCCCGCUGCAGUCCACAAAGCAUCGUUUAGAAAAGCAGCAGUCACACCUCCCAUCACUGACUGUGUACAGGUCAGCAUACCAGAGGCACCCACUUAGUGCCUUCUGCCAGAGUCGCUCUGCCAGGACUUCGCGCAUACUCUCAAGCAACCUCCAUGCAGCCAAUCACAACAACAAGGACCUGGAUCUAAGACAACGCUCACUACUACAAAUCCCAGAUCCUUGUUUAAGUCCACAUCCACAAUCACAGCAGGAUUAGAGACAACACUAUUGCUCUUGAAUUGCCUCACAUGCUGCUUGUUCAUUUAGAAGCUCUGCUCAAAGUGGUGCUGCUUUGUGGUUCCUCGUUUCUUUAUUAGUCAGCUGAAUGAAAAAAAAAACAACAGAGCAGACCAUUUGGAAAAUCAAAAGGAAUUUAAAAAAAUUGAACAUGAGUCUUAUUAUGUCGCUGUGAGUGUGACUGUAGGUUUACUGUGUUAUUGUUGUGUGGUAAAUUACUUCAGUGUUUAUAUAUAGGAAUAUGUGUGUGUGUCUGUGUGGGGGCUAUAAAUUAUGUCCGCCCUUCCAGAGAAUAAUUACAUGCAAAUAAUUACAUGCAAAUUCUUCCCCUCUCUGUAAUAUCGGAAACUCAGAAUGGGCUGUUAGUAUUACCCUAGAUACUCCGUAGAAAAAAGAGAAGAAUGAAAAAAAUGUGUUGAUGCUGAAACUAACCUGGGUAUUGAGGCAAACCAGAAGCCAUGAGUCAUUCAAGGCAACACCUGAAGGGACACGUCUAACUCCCAUUCCAUUAGGUGUUCAGUAACAGGGAAUCAAAGUGUUUAAUUAGGAAGAAUCAAAGAUGCUUAUGUUUGAUGGUCAGCCAUCUGCCAUCAGCUGCCUCCCUUCUCCCCGUCUGCCUGCUGCUUACCAGUGCAGCUGAAGCCCUGUGUUUCACCCUCUCUACUGUGCUGCUGUGAUGCCUGCAUGUCACAUGACGCCUCUGUGUUGUGGAAAGCCUUGGAGCUUAACAUGUCUUACCCAAAGCACUGUUGUGUUUACCUUGUGAGCCACAUGAUGGUGCUAUAGCAGCACGUCACUCUCUGGAAGCUGUCAGCAUGUCUUUGAAGUCUUCAGCUUUAGAGUCUGUACAGUGAAAGACUUUAUUGUAAAUGAGCAAAUAAUAAGGGAUUUCAUAUUUGUAUCAUUCUUAUGCAUAUUUACAAUGUUAAUCUAAUUGCUCAACACUUCAAAAAAUAAAGCAUGUGA